GGGGUAUCAAUGCGCGAAAUAUGUGAGAAAGAACGGAAAGGAUGACCAAUACAACUUAUGGAUAAUAUGUAAAUAUUCGCUUGCAUGGCGUCGUUGUCCUACUAUUUCGAACUACUAUGUACAGUAGUGGUUCUUCUUCUAUAUGCUAAAGGUUCUUAUACAAGUACUUUAGAAGUAGGACUAUCUUUUACCUCAGAGCCUCAGGAUGUUAUUGCAACCAAGGGGCAGCCCUUGGCGCUAAACUGUGCCGCAGAGUCGGCCGAAGCAUAUAUACCUCUAUAUAUAGCAUGGACAAAAAAUGGUGAUCUAAUCAAUGACACCAAUAGUAUUCUUAGGAAUGGAUCUUUGUACUUCAAAAAAGUGGUGCAUAGAAGGUCACGUGGUCGUAGUGACGAAGGCAUUUACCAGUGUAUUGCCCAGAAUCGGGCUGGUGCAAUUCUCAGCAGACCAGCACGCUUGCAAGUAGCUGUGCUGCCACGGUUCACUCAAUCUCCUCUACCUCAGACACAAUCUGUGCCCAUAGGGGGCAUAGCUCGACUCUCUUGUACAGUCAAAAAUGCAGUACCUCAAGCCUCAUUUACAUGGUCAUUGAAUGGUGAACCUCUACCUCAAAACUCAGACAGGUUAAUACACCUAUCCUCAGGAAUACUUCAAAUCCAUGAAGUUCGUACCUCAGACACAGGCAACUAUCGCUGCAAAGCCAUUAAUGUCGCGGGUCAGCGUACUAGCCAAUCAGCAGCACUUGAAGUAACUGCAAGUAAGCAAGCCGUUCUACCAGUAGCCUUUGGUGAUACCUCACCAGUUAAUCAGAUACUCAAUGGACCUCAGAAUACCAGCGUUUCAGUAGGAGGAACCGCCAUCUUAGAAUGCCUCGUCGAGGGCGACCCUUCACCUUUAGUGACGUGGGAACGACAAGAUGGUUCAAGUCUCCCAGACAGUGCUGUCAGGCUACGUAGCAACCUUAAGAUCCUCAAUGUGGGCCUCGAGGAUGGUGGCGUCUACAUCUGUAAAGUUAGUACAUCAGGGGAACCAAUCACAGCUAAAGCCACAUUGACACCUUUAGCUGCACCAGUUUUACAAAGUCAGCCUCGGAGUAUUAUUCGCAAACCAGCUUACUCAGGGAGGUUUACAUGUAAGGCCAGUGGCUCGCCUCCACCCACCAUUACAUGGCUUAAGAAUGGUGACCCCAUAGAAGUUAAUAAAGGGAGAAUUAAGACUUACAAGGAGGCCAAUGGAAAAGAAAGUCUUGUCGUAGGACAACCAAAUGUUGAGGACGCGGGUUAUUAUCAAUGCAUGGUGUCCAAUGUGGCAGGAAAUGUCCAAGCUGCGGCAUUGUUACGUGUGAUCAGGUCUGAUAAUGCCCCACAACCCCCACAGGGCCUCAGAGGAGUUGCGCUGUCAGAUUCUGAGAUUCUAGUUUCCUGGAAUCGCCCGUUAAACAAUGAUAUUAUCGCCCAUUCUGUUCAUUACUCUGCUGUAUCAGAAGGUAGCCUGGAGCUACAGGUUGUGACAUCACACAAGAAUGACACGUCUAAAGUGAUACGUAAUCUUCUACCAUAUACCAACUACUCGAUUUACGUAGUUGCAUAUUCCCGCACAGAUGCAGGGGAAGAAACACUACCAAUUGUCGUAGCAACAUCUGAAAAUGUUCCAUUGCGAGCCCCUUCAGUGACUGUAUCCCAAGCUGGCCCAGACUCUUUACAUGUGGAGUGGGAGCCGCUGUCAUCACCAGACACCCGUGGUAAGGUUGUCAAGUACCGCCUACAUUGGAGAGAGUCUGAAGGUGGUGCUGAUGACUACAUAGAUCUGAUGCCUGAUGAACACGAUUACCUAUUAGGAGGGUUGUUUCCACUGACCUAUUAUGAUGUAAGGGUUGAAGCGGGGACAAAGAAAGGCUUCCCGAACUUACGUGAGAGUGAAUGGGACUGGGUCACUGAACGCACCCAGGAAGAUACUAAAGAAGGGGUACCAGAGGCAGUCGAUCUAUUUCUUGUGAAGGUUAUAAAUGCAACAGCAGUGAAUAUAACGUGGACACCUAAGGCAUCCUCAGAUAUUGAAAUUAUGGGAUAUCAAAUAGAAUGGCGAGGUACUCAUGUGUCUGGAACUUACGGAACAAAAUUGACGUCAGACCAAAAACGAUAUCAAGUUGUGCCCAAUUUAUAUCCGGAUACAACAUAUAAAAUUAGCUUGAAGGCAUUCAAUGGCAUAGGAGAUGGGGAAGAAAAGGUCCUGUCUGUGAAAACCAAUCCUCUGGCAGGGGCAUCACCAUCUAGUCCCACUGACCCUCCAUAUAUGGCAAUUCCCCCUCCCCCUCUGCACCUCACUGCAGAGACCCUGAAUGCUACAGCUGUCUUAUUGAGAUGGAGCCCACCAUUAAGGAACUCUGAAAGUAUUCAAGCGUAUACUGUUAAAUGGGUCCAGUAUGUUACGGCACCUAAUGGAAGUUACACUACAGUUGAGCAUCUACUACCGAUUGAAUUUGCAAGCCCAGGUGAUGAAGGAAGCCUGCUUGUGACAGAGUUACAGCCAUCCACUAUGUAUGAGUUCUCUGUGGCUUCCCAUUCCCCUGAUAUGGUAGGCCCCUAUAGUCAACCUGCAACAGCCACCACACAGGCAGCUAGUCCUAGCCAGCCCAGAGAUCCAAAGGUAGUACUCACACAUGAUGGCUCCAUGGAGCUUACUUGGAGAGCUCCACUGAAAAGUAUCAAGCCUAUAACAGGCUACGUCAUCCAGUAUACACCUAAGUUCAGUCUACCACCUGAGCGCUGGUACAUCAGGAAAUACAAUGGUACUGGGACGAGGGUCAUAUUCAAAGACUUUGAGCCCUCCAUCACGUAUUACUUCAAAUUACGUGCUCAAACAGCUGGUGGUGGCCUUGGACCAUGGUCUUCUAUUACAACCAUAAUGCUUCCUACUGACUGUUUGGAUGGAAAAUGCUCGAAUAAUGUUGUUGGAGAUCAAGCAUCUAGUGAUACUCCUGUGUUAAGCGACCAGAUGAUGGGAGUAGUGAUUGGCAUAUCUAUAGGGGGCACUUGCAUCAUCAUAUGUGCUAUCAUCAUCCUGAUGCGCAACAGGUGUUUCCCACCACCCACGGCUCAAUGUCGUCAUGGUUACUCAGGAGGGGGUAAUGGUCAUGCCCACCACAUGGUGAACGGCCAUGUGCCUAAUGGAAGAGUAGUUAGAGUGUCAGAGAGCCAAAGUUAUGAACUGGAGAGCUUUGUUCCAAUGCUAGACCACACAGCUGUUAGGGAAAAUGAGGAAUCCGAUACAAAGGGAGGGGGAUAUAUAAUACAUUGCAAUGGAGUUGUCCCACCAGUCAAUGGACUGAGGCCUAAUGAUCAGAGGACAGAUCAGCUGACCAACAAUUCAGCCAAUCAGAGUUUAAAUGAGGAGGGGGAAGGGGAUACCUCAAGUACACGACUUCUAAGUUCGAGCCAACAGGAAGGACGUCAGAAUACAAGCCCCAACCCCCACCAGCAUGCAGGCCCUAGACAGGCCAAACAGGGCACUAUUACAGAACAGGAAAAGACUGAAACUCUUAGCAAGGAGCUGGCCACCAAAGGGGUCUCACAUACGGGUAGCUAUAACAAUCGUGAGCAAGCCCCAGGUGACCAGAUUCACGACCAAGAUACUUCGACUCGACAGAAUGUGCCACGAGAGCCAGAAUCGAAGCUUCUUACUACCUCAUGUUUAAGUGGUCAUCAUCCACCUCAGAAUGACCCUACCUCUAAGCCACAUAAUCAGGGAUCAGGUACUCACAAUGUCUCUUCGUACCAACCUCAUGGGAGCGACGACGACCCACACAUGCUUGACACAAGGCGGCUACAUGAUAUGUCAGACCACAAUCUGCCUGCGUCACGGCGAAACUACAAUGUCUAAACUAAGAGCAUGCUUACUCAGUUGCUAUAGCGACUGUUAAUCGGAGAAAAGCGGGUAUUACAGUGUUAGUGUCCAGCAUGUGUGAUUUGCCAAAUUGUGUGAUAUAACUAAUGAGAAAACUUGCAUCACUAGAAUUAUAAUAUUGAAAGGGUAAAGAGGAGGUAUGGAGAACAGGGUAUGCUACAUAGAGUGAGGUUACGACUUGUGUCAGAUGAUGUCAUAAUACCAUAUUGUGAUGUCAUUAGUUCAACAUAAUGCACACCUAUCAAAUCUCUAUUAUUGAUUGCUCGGAUGACUGGCUUCGAAUGAUUCACGUUGAAUUAGCCACUUUAUUGAACUAUAAUAGGAUUUCACACUAUGUUCAGUGAUCCAAUUUAUAAUAACGUAUAUGUAUUAUAUACAUGUAUAAACAGACACCGUGUUAUUGUAUCUGUAGACAACACACUCAACUCAGGGAGUAUUUUACAAUUAGUAAGUUGAUGUGCAUAUCCCAGGAAUAUAUACAACCCCAGGGGUUACGUGCGGUGGAGAGAUCCACCACUGGCAACCUACUGGCUUCAAAAAGGAACAUUUUAUUGUCUAGAAGUCUUUGCUGUGUGGCAAGAUCGACGAACUGGUGCUAAUCACAUAAUGAACUCUGUGUGGCAUGAUAAUAUAUUGCUAUCAUUAUGGGAUGUUACCAGUAGAUAAUAUAUCUGAACUCAAACUGGAAUAAUGUUUAUUUAGUGUUACAUUGGAUACCUCUAUUACAUAAAUACUAUGUAUGUGUUCUUAUUUAAGAAAGCAAGAUAUCCAUUCGGGAUAUAUACCUCAAGAUAGAUGGAGUUUUCUAAAGCAUGCACUGUGCACCAAAGACUUGUAGAUAUUUAGUAUGUUCAUAUAUAUCAGGUCUUUAGUUACUUUGUGUACAAAGCAUUAUAGCCUUGUCGAGUAGACAUCAUACAUAUAUAUUAUUAUCCCACUGAAUGGAGUUCCAGUAGGGAUAUAGAAAAGCCAUCCCUCUGUAGGUCAGUCCAUCAAUGAAUGAUUGGGUUCAAAUUGUAGUCUGAUACUAUUUGGGCAUAGGACCUCUGCUAGAGACAAAAUUUCAACAUGGUCACUUAAUUCAAGCGAAUAUAGUGAAAAUUAGGGCACCUUGAAAAUUUGGGCUUUUACAGUAAUAUUACAGCCUGGUUAUUUCUACCAUGAAAUGAUCAAAAAGAUGUGUGAUUUGUCAUAGUUUUUGUUUGGUGGGAUUUGCAACUGAGAGGUUUUUGUUUCUUUAGUAGUAUAUAUGUACCAUUAUUAGUCAUCACGAACAUGUGCUAGGUGCUAUUAUUAGUCACUAUGUGCAUGUACAAGCUAUAAGUCACCAUGAAUAUGGAAAUGGGCUAUCAUU